UUAAACAGAAAUAAAAGUUUCAACUGAGGUUAGCAGUCUCGUAACCAUAACGUGACAUGCUAUGACGACACCGCAUAGAUCUCCAAAUAGAUAAUGCACCAGUUGAAGUAAUUCUCUGUGUUUAAUUUAUAAAAACGCAACAGCAAUUAACUUAGCAAAACAAACAGUCGAUAAUGAUAGACUAACUAGUGUGCAUCACACAAUGGACAAUAAAUCAACAAAAUACUUAAAUCAACCAAGCAAAGAAACGUAAAACUAUUUUCAAUUUAAUCAAACAAAAACCCGCUAAUAGUUAACGCUAUCAAAGUUCUCGAUAUAAAUCUAAUUUACAGCAAAUUACAUACUACAACAUCAAAGGUUCGGUGACUAACUUACGAUACGGCUAAGACUCAUAAUUACGAUCACAAGACAGGACGACAAAUUACAGGAAAAUGUAUAAUUUUGCCAUCGAAAACUAGCGAUGGAGGCGGUGCAAGGUCGAUCUAUCAAAUGAUAGACGCAAUCAAACGAUUAGACAGCAAACAUUUGCUUUGGAAAAUUAGGUUGCCAACGCCAAUUGGAUGUCCACAGAAGAGCUUUUGUUGCCGGCACACGUGUAGUUUCGCAUCGUCGAUAACACUCGGUAGACAUCGUCUCCAGUACCACACAAUGAUGGUCUAUCCCAACAGAGAAUUCGGACCGCGUCCUCCAAGAGAACAUAAGGACAUGUUUAGAAAGCAAAAUUAUUGGGCUCAAGGUAAAGAACCACCGCCUUGGUAUGUGUGGGACACCAAGAUACCGAUCAGCAGGAGUAGAAGCGAAGAACGACCACCUGUUUCUAAAAGCACAAACAACUUGGAAGAAGGAACCAACACCUGUGGUAGCGAUCUCAGAAAUUACCUCCUUACAUCCACAUUACACGGCCUGCGGUACAUCGGCGAACGAAAAUUAACUUGGUUUGAAAGGUUCUUCUGGUUAACAGCUUUUGGCUGUUCUUUAGUAAGUGCGAGCUUCUUCAUACUGAACAUCUACGCGAAAUGGCGGUCGUCUCCCAUGAUAGUGAGCAUCAACCCUGAGAACAUGCCUCUGAACAACCUGCCCUUCCCUGCCCUCACUAUUUGCAACGUUAACCAGGCUAAGAAGUCUGUUGCGGAAAGAUAUUGGGACUACGGGGAUCCAGUCGACAAAAAACUGCUGAUGAGUCUGUGUUCCACAAAGGAUGACUCCGAGAUAUUUGAAGAUGACAUCGCGGGCAGCGCGGAUUGGGACCACACCAGAUCAUUUCUGAUUAACGUAACGCAGCCCUGCAGUGAAAUGCUGGCGAAGUGCAUCUGGGACUCUUCGGAUGUGAACUGCGAAGAUCUGUUCAACGCACAGCUCACUGACGAGGGACUCUGCUGCACCUUCAACGUGGUUCACCGAAAUAACAUGUUUCGAAAUCCGCGAUCAUUGAACGACUUGAAUCUAACAUUUCCAUCACCAGCCGUUGACUGGACUCCUGAAGGUGGCUAUCCGCCUGAUGCUCCGUCUGACGGCUUUCCUUGGAGACCUAAAGGAAUUGGCACCCAACACGGCCUCACCCUGGUUCUGGAUGCAAACGUAGCCGAAUAUUAUUGCGCUUCCACGAAAAGUGCUGGCUUCAAGAUCCUACUCCACAAUCCUACAGAAACGCCGAAGAUAAGGAACUUAGGCGAAAUAUAUGGACCGGGAAAAGAAGCCCGGAUUGCGAUUUGGCCAAGGAUACUAGAUGCUCAACCUUCGUUGAGGACAAUUGAUAUUAAGAAGAGGCUCUGUUUGUUCUCUAAUGAAAAGGAAUUAGUAUUUUUCAGAACUUACACUUUGAAGAACUGCGAAAUGGAGUGUGAAGCGCGAGCCAUGUUGGACGUAUGCAGAUGUGUCUAUUAUUAUAUGCCCAAAAACAAAUCAACACGCAUUUGCGGGAAAGCUGACGCGAAAUGUUAUUCGAACAUGAGCAGAAUAAUGCCAGACGGUCGUGACGUAACAUGCGAGGAAUGUCUGCCGGCAUGUACCGAGAUCGCCUACAUGGAGCGACUGAGCGACGCGCCCCUCAAGGCUUCGCUGGUGGAACAGCUAGCCAAGAGCCUCGGCAACAGAACGCCACAAUACUUCACGGAAAACAUGCUGGUGGUGCACUUCUUCUUUGAAGAGAACACAUUCAUGAGAUUUACCAAAGGAGAAAUAUUUGGCCUGACUGAAUUCUUAUCAAACACAGGCGGCUUGCUGGGACUAUGCAUGGGGUUCAGCAUGAUGAGUGCAGUGGAACUUCUCUACUACUUAACACUGCGCGCGCUUUGCAUAGCGCGGCGGAAGCCUCAUAACCAACCAUUUGUUAAAUAAACGCACAGCUAAAUUGUCUAUGAAUCAGUCUUUAAAUUCACCUUCCUACUUCUUGGUAUAGUGACAGCGGCCCAUA